CAGCGACCUGUGCGGGGUUACCGCUCUGCAUGCGGGGGGAUUCACGCCAACAAGCAGGCCUGGCUGCUGGCUCUCUCACACACAAGACACUUAAGCAUGCAGCGGUAUCUCAAACUGGCUCUUUAUCCUCUCUGGUGGAUGAUAUUAACCAUGUUCAAACAGUGGGCGAACAAAGGGGCUGACGGAUACUGGCUAAAGGGACGUAAAGAAAAUUACACCUACAACCUCUAACGUGACUUAAUGAGUCAUGUUUUAACACCAGGAGAGAAAACAAACCAACUGCUAAACUUGUAUAAUUACAACUGUCACUGACAUACAACUUUAUUAUAGACUCAGGGGUUGUGGACCACCUGUCUGUCCAUCACAGAGCUCACCCCCAGCGGCAGCAGCAGGCUGUGUCCUUGUCCCCCACAAGCCUUUCUGCCAGGGGAGAGUAUGGAGAAGACGACGACAUGGCUGACAGGUUUACAGAGGGACAGGACGUCUUGGCCCGGUGGUCAGAUGGCUUGUUCUACUUGGGGACAAUCACCAAGAUAGAUCGGGACAAGCAGCGAUGCUUUGUGGUUUUUGAGGAUCGGUCAAAGUCCUGGGUUCUCUGGAAGGAUAUACAAACGGGUGAUGAAGAUGACGAGGACGAUGAGGACGAUGACAUAGUGUGCUCCAUAUGCCAGGAUGAAACUUCAGAUGAGCCCAAUGAGAUUGUCAUUUGCGACAAGUGUGGACAAGGCUACCAUCAGCUGUGCCAUUCCCCUAUCAUCGAUGCUUCUGUGAUUGACUCAGAUGAUAAGUGGCUCUGCUCAGAGUGUGAGCUCACUUCUAUACCUAAGAGGGGGGGUGCGCACAGGAGAGGAGCAUCUGCGAAAGGCUUUCUGCAGCACGACCAGCAACAACAACAGCAGCAGCACCAGCAGCAGCACAUGGAGCUGCACCUGUCCUUCCCGUACAACCUGGAUGAACUGGUGUGGGAUCAAGGCCACAAGACUAACAUCCAGCAGUGCUACUGCUACUGCGGGGGCCCAGGAGAUUGGUACCUGAAGAUGCUGCAGUGUAACAGGUGUCAGCAGUGGUUCCAUGAGGCGUGUCUCCAUUGCUUACAGAUGCCCAUGCUCUACGGAGACAGGUUUUAUAUGUUUAUUUGUUCCGUUUGUAAUGGUGGACCAGAGUACCUCAGGCGACUGCCUCUCAAAUGGGGGGAUGUCACACACCUGAGCCUGUACAACCUGAGUGUGAUCCACAAGAAGAAGUACUUUGACUCUGAGAUGCACCUGAUGACUUACAUCAACGAUAACUGGGAGCUGCUGCAGCUCGGGGAGCUCGCCAAUACUCCGAGAUCAGAGCGAUAUGAAAGUGUUCUGGAGGCAUUAAACAACAACAGGAGCAUGUUCAUGUCAGGGAAGGAGGUAAAGAAAAAGAAACACUUGUUUGGGCUAAGGAUCCGUUUCCCUCCUGCUCCCCCAAACUCUGAUGAGCCGACCAGCAGAGUGAUGGAGAGGGCUUCACACGAGAUCACCAUCAAGGGAUGCAAGUCGACCAAAGCUCUCCCUGGCAUGAGAACUUGCAGUACAUUAACCAAUGGCACAGAGAAGAAGAAGAAGAAGAAGAAAAAGAAAAAGAGGAAGCAAGGAGCACGUUCACUGGAGACUCUGGCUAAACGACAACGCUCCAGUGAACUCAUAUCCCAGGAAAUAAGAAAGCCUCUACCACUAGAGUCCCACACAUUGGAUCACUUAACCUCUAUCAAAAGCGACAGGUCUCUGCUGUCUUCAGAUGGGGAAUCCAUAGGAGCCCUGAGCACCACAGAAACUACCUCAACUAGCAUUUCAAGACAGUCCAGCCUCUGUAGCUCCAGCAAGACACGCACGACACCCUGCAUCAUGCCUGUUUCCUCUCCACCCAUAAAAAGGAAACGUGGGCGGCCACGGCGGGCCCUGCAGCCCCCUAACCCUGAGAUCCCCCCUCCCAGUCACGCAGAUCCAAAUCCCCCUGCCACAGAGGUGCUGAGCCCACUCCCAGGGCUUCACUCCACAGACAUAGUUCACGGCAUGGACCCCAACAGUCAGCUCUCCCACCUCAAGAGCUCCAUCAGCAGCUAUUUUGGAGCAGCAGGGCGGUUGGCUUGCGGGGAAAAGUACAAAGUCCUGGCACGACGAGUUACUCUCGACGGCAAGGUCCAGUAUCUGGUGGAGUGGGAAGGAGUCACCGCCUCCUAGACUUGUCGUCAUCACGGUCAUCAUCACUUGUAACUUCUAACCAGCGCCUUUUUAAGAGGUUCAUGGCUGUACUAAGGACAUUGUGUACACGGCCUGUAUUCAGAGCAUUAAUUGAUAUAAGUAUUUGUUUAGUUUAGACAGGAGCAAGUUUUGCCUGUUAAGCUUACUGUAAAGCCUACCGGUUCAGUGCAGUCCAAGGUGAUUACAGCACAUUGAAAUGUAUCUUUUCCACGUGUGCUUAAAGGUUACAGUUCAUUGAAGACAUUUUCAUUAUACCACCACACCAUAUUUGCGUUAUUCUGCUUUUAACUCACAUAAUCUGCUUUGAAUGUUUACAGAAUCCCCCGUUUAUUCAGGGGCAGUUUAAUCGAUCAGUGCACUGCACCUGUAGGCUUACAGUGAACCCAUAUUGUGCUUAAUUUUUAAUCCAGUGAUAUGCUUUUAAUUUUCAGACCAGUUAAGUAUGAAACUGUAAGUCUCUUUGUUUUUGUUAAGUUUCUUUGUUUUUGUUUUGACAGAAUGUAGUUGGUCCUGCAUUAUUAAAUGUUGAAUCUUGGAGGAUAAGAGAAAGAGGGGAAGUUUUGUUCAAAGAAUUUUCAUUAAUUUCACUACUGUAACCAUGCAGUGAACAAUUCCUUAUGUUCAGUUAACAUUUAUUUUCUUACCAGAUUUGCUAAAUAAACACGUGUCCCUUUACUAUCAUGUCCCCUCCUUCUCUAGUCCCGGUUUAUGAGUACCUCUUGUUGCCUUGGGCAGACAUAUCUUUGAGUUGUGUUUUGGAAAGUGUGCUCGUUUGUGAGCAGGUCCGGAGGAAGAAAAAAAGAGAUGUGCUGCUGCAAAUGUUUAUUAUUUUAUAUAGAAUUAUACUACAUUUAUUACCUUUUCCACUUGUACUUUCUUGUUUCCUUUGCUGUUCUGAAGGACAGAUUUCUCAAAUUAUUUUCUUUUUUUUAAAAUAUGGAUUGCACAUAUCAAACUAUGUCUGUUAGGUUGUCAUCUCAUUUUUGAACAGAUAAUGUGAGCUUUUCAGCUCAUAUAUGGCAGCAUUUUCACCCAUGGUAAAGUUCUUUAAAUACUUUGUUUAUGUUGGUCAUAAUUUUUCUAAAAAAUGUCCCCAAAUCAAGUGUAAUUUCAGCAUAUAAACGAUCCAAAUCCUAAACCCAGGAGCACUCCUAGUAACCCUUUUUAUAACAUUUUUGAUUUGAUACAAUGACUGUUAAAUCUUUAAGGACCUAUUAAUUUUUUUACCUUUUUUGUCUGAUAGUUAUUCAAGAAAAAUAAAGUGCUGCAUAAGAUGAAUGUUGUAUAUCCAGUUCUCAUACCUAGAGCUCAGAAUUGUUCUGCUUUUUUUAUUUGUUGUGCUGCCUAUGCAAGUUAGUCCUGGAUGAAGGUGUUGUUCUGCCAUAUAAUUGGACCCUAUGGUUUGACAAAGGGCGAGCGUCAUCAUUACUAUUGUGAUGAUUUGACUCGGUCGAUGAAUUUUUCAUGAGACGGGUGCAAAAAAAAAACAAA